AUGAUGAAUGUUUACAAACAAUUGCAAGCAAGAGACGACGCUGGCUACAACAACUCGUCGUCAUCUGCUUCUUCGAUUUUGAACUAUGACGGCCACUCUAGCUCAACCCCGGUGCUUCCAUUCAACUACACCAUUGAAGGUUUGACGAGAGACGUUUACCCUAAGCCCUUGCAUUCGCACAAUGAUUACUGGAGAAAGCAUCCGUUAUUUGACGCUUUGAGUGUAGGUGCUGUUUCAAUCGAAAGCGAUAUUUGGUAUUUCCCCAAAUCGUACACUUUGCAACGAACCACGACGGAAUCUACUGGAAUCACCACUACCCCAAAUGAGACCUUGUAUUUCAGAGAUGACGAAGUGUAUGUGGGGCACAACCAGGUGUUUUUGCACCCAAUUAGAACCAUUUUCAAUUUGUACCUCAACCCAUUGUUCCAGUUUUUGCAGUAUUCAAAUCCUAAAUUCACCUACACCAACGGCAGCGGCAACGCCUUGUUGGGUGACCAAGCCAAGCACAGUGUUUUCUAUAAUGACCCCGAACAACAAGUGUACCUCUGGUUCGAUAUCAAGACUGAGCCAAACUCCACCUAUGACGCAUUGAAACCGCACUUGAAGCCUUUUAUUGACGCGGGGUACUUGACUUAUUACAACACCACCAGCGACACGUUGCACCAGGGCCCAGUUAUCUUGACAAUCACGGGUAAUUUGCCCGUGGAGAAAGUGCAGGCAGAACAGGUGCGCUACUUUUUCUUGGAUGCUCCAUUAGGUCUUUUCAAUUCGAGCACCAACGAGACCACGUUGAAGAACUGGGGCAAAUUGUCAAGAGUCGCAAGCGGUGGAGUGCAGAAUUUGUUGGGCAACGACUACAACUCAACCUUGCGCAACGACUACAGUGAAGCGCAAAAGGUCAAGUUGAAGGGUCUCUUUGACACUGCUCAUCAAUAUGGGUUAAAGACUAGAGUCUGGGGAGAUGUCACGUGGCCUUGGAACUUGGUCGACCUGCACUUGAAGACUUUGUUUGCGUUGGGAUCGGACGUUUUGAACGUUGACGAUUUGAAACGAGCAAACGACUUGUUCCCUAACUAG